AAUAGGUAAACAACAUUUUGUGCGAUCGUGAGAAAAUAAAUUUGAAAAUUGAACAGCUGAUUUGGACUUUCGGAAAUGUCCCCCAUCUCGAUGUUGUGGGAAAAGUGCAUUCCUUUGAUUGCAAGGAAAUGAAUUAUUUUGUUGCUGGCUACCAGCAUCAUAUACUGUAUAUGAAGUGGUACUACAGAGGUGCUGCUUAAACUCAGUUUCACUGUGCUUGCUGUGAAUUAAGGGUUCUAAAGUUCUAGUUCACUUUGAAGGCAUACAAUGAUGAGCUUGCAGGUCAUCAUUGACCCACAUUUAAGCAGUCUGUCUACGCGUACAUGUAUCAAGCAUGAGGCCCUUGAUAUGUCCAAGGAAUAAAUUAACACCUACAGUACAAGCUUCACAAAAGUGUAAUCAGAUCUACUUGAAGCUGUGCAGAUGAAAUACAUUUACUAUGAGAAUUUGAAAAGCAGUGCUCUAAGUAUGCACUAGGCGUCUUCAAUUGAAUACAGAGCAGUCUGUUUGCAUGAGGUACAUGUUAUCAUCAAGAGGAUCUCUGGCUUGUUUAGAUACACAGUGAUAUCAUCAUGGAUUGAUCUCCAGUGAAGGCUAUACCGGAACAUGAAUGUACAAUUUGAUGUUGCUAGACUACAGAUCGAUGUACACCAUGGAAUCCCAGACCAAGCCCAUUUAGUGUGGAUAGAGUAUUUAAUAUUUGCAUUUAGUAUUCGAGCCAUCUGCAGCUGUUGAUGUGAGCGCGUGAAGUAUAUAAACUUUUUCAAGAGACAUUACGAGUCAAAGACAGGAGUGAACUAUUGUCUAGGGUGUUGGGGUUACUAUGGCGACCAGCGGUAACCAGAAGAUGCCUGUUCGUGACAACCUCAAUGACGCCAUCUCUCAUUUUCAACAACAGAUUGGUGCUUAUGACAAGGAACUAUGGGAGGAACAUGUAGAACAGAAGGAAUCACAGGGUCUUGGAGUGGAUACCAGUGGUGCCCAGCUGAAGACUGGCAGAGUCAAAACAGAGUUGAUUGAUGUUGAUUUAGUGAGAGGUUCAACGUUUACCAAAGCCAAACCAGAUCAUGCCUGGCUUGCCACAACAUGGAAGGGUCUCCUUCGAGUCUUCUUCUUUCCUUUCUAUUUCACAUGGUGGAGGCAACAGUUAUCAGCAAGCACAUUCUAUUCAACGCUAUUCCUCUACUUUCUACAACUUGUGUGUGUAGCAAUUUUCUAUGUUUUUCAACCAAGCACGGAGCACCAGGCAAUCUAUGCGUUUGAAAUCAUUGGUCCCAUCCUAUUGAUGCUGGUGCUGGGUACCACAUAUACUCAGGUUGUCUCUACAAAUGCCAAGACAAAGUCUUUGUUAAGAAGGUCAUCUAGAAGAAACUUGCAUCGAUCACACAGUUCACACGCAAAGGGUAGCAGCAGUAAAACAGCCAUAAACCGAACAUCACCCAAAAAGACAAGGGAGAGUCGUGACAGAGCGAAGGCUACUUCACCCAAACGAAAACCAACACAGAAAACUGUGCGUGGGUCCAAAGACAGCAGUCCUUCUCCCAACUCAGACAGUGCAGACAACGGCACAUCCAAUGUCGUUGAAAAGUUGAACCUGUUGAGCGGUGUGGUUCUACAGAAUGAGGAAAACACAGAGAAGGAAGAUAAGGAUGGUCAUACUGAGUACGUUCCAUUGGAGGACGGGGAGGAGAUAUCUGGAUGUGCCGAUGAGGCUUUCACUCUUCUCAACACCCCCGUGGGUGAAAUGGAAGUGGCCGGAGAUCUGGUGUGUGUGGAGGGCCUGACCAGUGAAUCAGGGGGAUCCCCUACCUCCAUGUUGGAUAGAGAACUAGAGAGUAUCAUCAAGGCAUCACACAGACAAAAUCACACUACAGAAGCAUACAGCAGGAGGCGGCAGAAAGAAUCCCUCUCUCCCAAAAGCCUGGCACAGAAGCCUAGCAACGGUCCCUUGAACAAGGCUCCUAGAUCAUGUCUCUCAUCUAGAGAUCUCAGAGAAUCCAGAAAGAAUAGAUUGACAAGAGUAUCAAUACUAGAAAAUGCAAGAAAGUUUUCACCAGUUGAAGAGGAGAGCCCACAGGAGAUCCUGCAGCACAUGUCGGACAGCGAGGGGACACCUUCAGACAGCACCCCAGCCAGCCUGACCCUGGAACAGGACCCCCUACCCCACCCCAAGGGGACGAGGACUGCUUCUAGGAAGGGUCGAAGGUCAAGGGUGAAAAAGCCGGAUGGGUCACAGGAUUCAGAAGGGGAUACCUCACCAGAUAUGAGGAUGGAAAGCGAGCAAUACUUCCAGCCGAUAUCCCGACCACUUGACUCUGACCUAGAUGAAGCCAGCUGGGAGGAGACUGGAGCAGAUGGCUCCAGCUUCAGCAGCGACUCUGCCAACUCCUCUGAUACCGGCUCCUCCACCUCGGAGGAAGGAGACGAGGAGGAGGCGGCGAGGGAGCAGGAGUGGGAUGGAAGGGGAACGGGAGCAGCGCUUCACUUCGAGGAUCCCUUCAAGCUGAUACACAGUGCGGUCAGCUCCAGUAGUAUCUCUAGCAGCGGAAUCAAAAAGGUUCGUGUACGUAUCUUUGAAGACAACGUGUGUAAGAAGACAGACAUGACUGUUCUUCAGAUCAGUUGUGCAAUCAAUACCAAGGUUCAUUCCAUACAGGCCAGCACUGACUACAUCAAGCUGGGCUUCUUGUGUUCUUUCAUUCUUGCCAUUAUACCAUUCACAUACAGGAUUCACAUAACCCACCACCAAGGAGACAGUCAGGUUACAUGGUUCUCUCCUGAGCUUCCAAUGAUGGCCGUAGAUACAUUAUCCCACAUGCACUGGGCUUCUAUCGCUGUCAUGGUAUUUACAUCGUUUGAGAGGUUCUACCUGAGCUCACUCCUCUUCUUUCUCCUCGCCGUAGCGGAAAGAACGUAUAAGCAGCGCUGUCUCUUUGCAAAGUAUUUCUCGCACCUGACAUCAGCUCGUAGAUCAAGACAAUCAUCCCUUCCUCACUUCAGACUAGACAGAGUUAGUAACAUCAAGGCAUGGCUCUCUCUCAGAUCCUUUCUUAAGAAACGAGGUCCCCAGCGAUCAGUGAAUGUCAUAGUAUCAUCGGCUUGUCUCCUCACUCUCAUGUUGGUCUCUAUUCUGUGUACAGAGCUCCUUCAGCGGAGUAUGAGCUUCUUGGGUGAGCUGUAUAACUGGGAGGUGGUCGCUUGGACGUUCUGUCUUAGUCCAUUCCUCCUGCGCUUCAUCACACUGGGCUCAGAAAUCAACAAGAAGUUCAGAAACACUUCAGUCCUUCUAACAGAGCAGAUCAACCUGUACUUAAAUAUGGAGAGGAAACCUCAGAAGAAAGAUAACCUCUUGCUUGCCAACAAUGUACUUAAUCUUGCCUCAAAGCUGCUCAAGGAUGUGGAUUCUACAAAGGAGGUAGAGACACCCUUCAAGCUGUCUGGUCUAUCCAUGAACCCGGUCCUCUAUAACAUCACUCGGGUCCUGGUCCUGUCUGCAUUCUCAGGAGUCCUUACAGAACUUUUGGGAUUCAAAUUGAAGUUAUGGAAAAUCAAGGCCUGAUCUCAAGCAGAUGGGCCAUUUCACUAUGAUCGUGCAGUUUGAUGGAGAGAGUGCUGUAAAAGAAGAUGAGCAUCCAUCAUCAAUACUUCUACUGGGGAUCUCCAUGAUGCUUGCCAUGGCAAGGCCCCUAUCAGCCAAAGAGAGCUUCUAUCUGUGCAUCAUGUUGAAAAUUAGAUUCACAAAGGUGCAUCGCCAAAAGAUGUGAGAGGCCAGAAUAUUUGUGCUUGGGUAUGGUCGUGCUUAUAUGUGUUGUCCAUUUGCUGAUGCUUAAAAGGGAAUUGAAUAUGCAGAUGUAAAUGUAAAACUGUAGACCUUCAUCAUGAAGUUUUGGUUGAGCCUUGAUGUGUAAGGAGCUAAUCCUUCUGAGAACUGCUAGCAAACUGACCCAGCCUAGGUCUUGAACCAACAACACCCUGUGCCAUAAUGACUGAAAUGUUUUAUCCUUCAUAGUACUGCUAACUGUUAUCUUUGUACAACGCCAGACAAUCAGAGCGUUUAUAUCCUAACAGCCCUCGAUGUACCUUACAAGUAAUUUCAAAGUAUUUAAAUCAAUUACAAGACUGAAAUCACCAUUCCUGAAUUCUUUGAAUAUAGUGACCAAUUAUCUGAUGUUGAAGGUUAUAUCAUUAUCAUUGGUAUACCUGAGAAUGAUUUUUCCCCUUUACUUUCUGCAAUUGUGCAGUUGAGAUUCAUGUACUUAAUAUUAGCGUUUCUCCAUGAGCUGAUCCUAAUCCUUAAUAAAGGAUUUUGCUUUACUGAAUCUACACCCAGUUAUUUCUUAUGAAAGAGUGUUUAUUUAUUUUUUUAAAUUUUAAAUGAAGGAGUCAAUUAAUUACAUUCCAAAAGCAAUGAAAUGCGAUUGCUGUGUUAGUUCACAGUUGCAAUGGUUUUUGUUUUGCUGGUAGUGUUUAUGCUCUUUAUUCUUUCAUGUGGUGCUUGUGUGAGAAAGAAAUAUUUCAGCCAAUGAUUAAUAUUUUGUUGUUUUGUUGUCAUCAUUGAGGUGGUACUUGUUACAAUAUUGCCAGGGUAUUUUCUUAAUGGAAUACUUUUUAAUUUUUUUUUUUUAUCUUAACUGAUUUUAUGUCACAAACUAUAAAAGUCUCUAAAUGAAAACAUUUUCUGUAAUGUUUUGUUGUAAAUACUGUCUGUGUAUUCUUUCAAAAGGAAUGAGAACAUUAUUUGAUCCAAGGUUUACACUGAAUUAUGAUGACAUUGGCGGUUAUUAUGUGCAAGAUCAUGUUUUUAUUAUUCCAAAUCAUACUGUGAACGUAUGUGGGUUACGUUUUGUUUCUUUGUUAUCUAUGCAUUUGUAAUCUUUUUUACAUUAGGAAUAAGAAACUAAUGUUAGCUUUUCAAGCUCUUUCUAAAGUAUGUAGAGUUAUGAUAAAAAUUUGUUCUUGUACAAAUAAUUUACAAAUUUCCAUAAAUGAUUGAUUUAUUUACUACAUUAGAAUUGUCUUCAUUUGAAUGAAGUUAACCGUUAUCUUAUGUUUUGUUUUUAGUUUCUUUUAACGCUUUGAUGUGAUGUCCAUGUUGUCAAAUGUGCAGUAUUAUUCAAGAAGUACUAUGAUUUGUUUUAACCAUUUUGAUAUUUCAAAGGAGCAAAGUACCGGUAGAUAUUUUGACUGUCAACAAAAUGUUUUAACACUUAAUUUAUUUUUUAGAAUUAUUUUAUACCACAAGAAUGUCCAGUUACUGUUGUUUACAUUGCAUCAUGUACUACUUCACUUUUAAUGUCCAUGUAGCACACAAUUUAUUAAUGGUUAGCAGCACUGUGAUGCAAGUUUGAACGUAAUCAGUUACAAAUUACAAAAAUGGAAAUAUACUUGUAGAAAUUAAAAUGUACUUUUGAAGUACUUAAAGAGUGCUUGGUGAUUUGCACUAUAGCGCUGAUAAAGUCAUUAUGGGUCAUUUUCCCAUUGAUAUUAGAAAAAAUUGGGAUAAAAAUAAUCAUAUCUGUUUCUUUAUAACAUUUUACUGCUAACAUGUUGGCAUCUAAUUUAUUUUUAAGUUUAUUAACCCUUUCAGGAAUAAGAAAGUUUUCUUGAUGCAUAGUGCAAUUUUCUUUUCUAACAUUUUCCCCAUGUCUGACUUUGUGUUAAUUGGGUAAGCUCAAAGUGAUGUACAGUACAUCUUGCCAUGGGUCCUACAGUUCAGAUUAAUAUAACUUUAUAAUUGCGCUUACCUUAACCCCACAGUCGCUCUAAAAAUCCAUGUUUGUCAAUGCUAAUGUGACAUUGAAAUCCUUUUUAUGAUAUGAAAGCUUUAAUCAGUUGAUGUGAAGUAGCUUGUUAACUUGUUAUUUUCUAGAACUCUCAGUAGCAACAUUCCUGCUUUCAAGAGUGAUUUCAUUCCAUGUUUAUUUCUUUAAAAAAAUAUACAAUGAUGUAUAUACACAUACUUAACUGUUGAUAUAUGUAUAUAGCGAAUAGUAAAUGGGUGCAAUAUUGUUCUCACUUUUCAGAAUUCCUGAUGUAUGACGUUCGUUUGUUUGUACUGCUUUUUAUCACUGUAAUAUUGGGAAAUGUGUGAUUUGAUGACCAUGAAUUUGUAAAGUCUGUAUUAAUGAGUGUAACAACAAAACAGUGUGGAGAAUCCACAAAAGCAAAUAAAAUUGUUCCUGUAUUUGUGAAUUUUUUCCUGA